AUGGAUUCCGGCAAACCAACAAGCAAUGGGGAGAAUGAACAAUUCCUCCCGCCUGACCAUAAAGCAUGGUAUAAGAAGGGCUAUCUGAUUCGCCUCAACCUGGUCGCUGCUUCGCUUGUCCUGUUCUCUUCUUCUAAUGGCUACGAUGGCUCUCUGAUGAAUGGCCUCCAAGCCCUAGACCAGUGGAAUGCUUUCAUGAAUUAUCCAACUGGAGCUUGGCUAGGAUGGCUCAAUGGUAUCUACUGGGUUGGCUGUUUUAUUGGAUACCCAUGUGGUGCGUUCAUUGGCAAUCGAUGGGGCCGCAAACCUGCGGUGUACAUCGGCUAUGCGUUACUGAUACUCAGUGUUGCACUACAAACUGCCGCCCCUAACGACAUUGCUUUCAUGAUGGCUCGGUUUUUCCUUGGUGGCGCGUCAGCUUUCUUCGGUUCGACAACACCUCUAUUGCUCAACGAGAUUGCCUACCCGACACAACGGGCAACUUGGAAUGCUCUUUUCAUGUCAGGAUGGUACGUCGGUGGCUCCGUGGCGGGCUGGGUGACUUUCGCCACAAGAACCUACUCUUCAUCAUGGGCAUGGAGGCUUCCUUCACUUUUGCAGGGCUUGGUGCCAUUGAUUGCCCUACCAGGGUUUCUGCUUGCUACAGAAAGUCCCCGAUGGUUGAUCUCAGUUGGUCGUAAGGAAGAAGCCCGCGCUAUUCUUGCGAAGUACCAUGCUGAUGGAAAUCUAUCGUCUCCUCUGGUAACUUACGAAAUGAUUGAAAUCACUUCUGCAAUCGAGGCCGAGCGAGAAGCCCACAGCAGUUCCAGCUACUUGGAAAUGAUCAAGACCCCCGGCAACCGACGCAGGCUGUUUUGCUCAGUCACCUUGGGUAUCUUUGCUCAAUGGUCAGGAAACGGUGUGAUCUCAUACUACCUCGCUCUCAUUCUCGAUAACAUCGGAGUAAAGAGCGUGAAGGAUCAAACCGUCAUCUCUGCCUGUCUUCAGAUGUGGAAUCUUCUCUUUUCUGUUAUAGCUGGUUUUCUGGUUGAUAGACUCGGCCGUCGUCCCCUUUUUAUGCUGUCUGCAGCGAUCAUGUUUCUAAUCAUUUAUCUUCCAAGCACACCAUUUUUGACGGCGUAUCCUUGUGAAAUCUGGACCUUCCGGCUUCGAUCCCGCGGUUUGACUGUAACGUGGCUUGCAACAAUUCUUGCGAUAUUUUUCAACACAUUCGUGAACCCAAUUGCAUUGGGCAGUAUUGGGUGGAAGUACUACUUCGUAUUUCUUGCAGUACUAAUCGUUUUCGCAUUCACUGCCUAUUUUUUCUAUCCGGAAACAAAAGGCUACAGUCUUGAGCAAAUUGCAAUCGUCUUUGAUGGAGACAAUGCAGAGGUUGGAGACCCUUCAUCUAUGAUUGCUAAAUCUCUUGCCACUGAGAAAGAUGUGGAGAGUGCUCACCAGGAAGAAGCAUAA